AAUUUGCCACCAAUUAUCAGACUUUUGUUUUUAUGAAUGUAUCAAAAUGCUCUCUUGAGUAAUUCUUAAUUUGUUUUUUGAAAAUUGCAAUGGGAGUGAUAUAUUUUAGUACUUGCAUUUAAGGCAUUUGAGGAAUUGGUUGUUUUUGUUGGAUUUAAAGCCUGCUUUUUGCUAUUUGCAUGGAGGUUGCAAAAACAGCUUUUGAGGAACAAUGUUUAGAUUUCUUGUAGAAAAGCAGGAAUGGGGAGGACAUGGAUUUCUCCAUCCAUGUAUGUAUAGAAUGGUAGAACUCCAUUCCUAAAUGUUUGAACAGUAAGGGCUCAUUUGGUGCUCAUUGAGCUGUAUAACUCGCUAUAUUCAAGUUAUAGAGACCCCAUAGAUCUUGUUGUUACAGAUCUUGGUUAUUUGUGGUAAAUUUAUUUAUUUAAAUUCCUUGGUGGUCAAUGGGGUUUCCAGUAUCCUGCCCACUUGCAGAUUUUGAUGAUUUGGAUAGCCAUUGUGGGGCUGUUCUUGUAAGUCCAGUAGUCAUAGGAGAAGAAGAGAGGAAGCCAUUGCAGUCAUUGAGCUCCAACACCUGCUGUGAUUUGGCACCAACCGCUACAAUGAAGUCACCUGGUUCAGGAAAUAUGAACUUUGAAGAAACAAUUAGCUUUAAAGAGAUGGAAUUAGAUGCCGUUUCAGCAGACUCACCUUCCGGGGAUGUGGAAAACAAUGUGUCUGCUAGAGCAGAAAGCGGUAUUGGAGAGAAACAGCGGACAUCUGAGAACUCGUUCAAGGAGCCCAGAUACCAGGCUGCAUUGAGGCUGCAGAAAGUUUAUAAGAGUUUUCGCACGAGAAGACAACUUGCGGAUUGUGCAAUUCUUGUGGAGCAGAGAUGGUGGAAGGUGCUCGAUUUUGCUGAACUAAAGCGGAGCUCUAUAUCAUUUUUCGACAUUCAGAAACCUGAGACAGCUGUUUCUCGCUGGUCUCGGGCAAGAACUAAAGCUGCAAAGGUGGGAAAAGGUUUGUCGAAGGAUAAAAAAGCACGUAAACUUGCUUUGCAGCAUUGGCUUGAGGCAAUUGAUCCUCGACAUCGCUAUGGCCACAAUCUUCACUUUUACUAUGCCAGAUGGCUCCAUUGCGAAAGUAAAGAACCCUUCUUCUAUUGGCUCGAUAUAGGAGAUGGAAGAGAAGUCAGCCAUGAAGUAUGCCCUAGGUCGAAGCUUCAAACACAAUGCAUCAAGUAUCUUGGCCCGAUCGAACGAGAGACUUACGAAAUUGUAGUGCAGGAUGGGAAGUUCGUGUACAAGCAGAGUGGAAACUUUCUUGACACAUCAGAACCUAAAGGCACAAAGUGGAUAUUUGUGCUUAGCACAACCAAGACAUUGUAUGUUGGACAGAAGAGCAAGGGGACGUUUCAACAUUCGAGUUUCUUGGCAGGCGGAGCAACACUUUCUGCUGGAAGAUUAGUAGUGGAACAAGGAAUUCUUAAGUCAGUUUGGCCUCACAGCGGGCAUUAUCUCCCCACAGAAGAAAACUUUCAGGAAUUUAUGAUGUUCCUUUUGGAACACGACGUAGAUCUCACAAAUGUUCAGCAAACUCCAGCUGAUGAAGAAGAUGGAGGCUUCACCAAAAAGAUCAGCAACAUCCGAAUUAGCCCACGAAAACCAAAAGAAACCGCAACAACAAAAACCGAAGGCACAGGGCAACAUAACAAUGAAUCAAGAAAUGAGGAGUCUAAUUCUGCGGAAAAUCCCAACCCUAUUCUGUCUAGAUUACCCGAAAGAUUCUGCUCAAAGAUAGGCAAACUCGAUAUACCACAAAGGAACGAUGCGUUUGACAUUUUGAAGGACGGAAUACCAAUCACGUGUCGCGAAUAUUUCAUAGAUUCUGCCUCGGAUGACGAUGGUUAUGAAACAGCUGAAGAAUCAAUCUUAACAGAAGAAGACUUCAUGGUCCCUAAACUGAACUUGUUCGAAGAAGACCAAUUCGAAGAAGAUGAAAAGCCAGUGCCAAAGGAGAAGAUCAUGCAGAGGAUUGAUUCACACAAGGGAAUGAAGUCAUACCAGUUGGCUCAGCAUUUAACAAGCAGGUGGACAACAGGAGCUGGACCGCGAAUUGGUUGCAUGAGGGACUAUCCUUUGGAGCUUCAGUCCCGGGUUCUGGAGCAAGCCAAUUUUUCUCCAAGAACAACGGCAAGAAGUCCCGGGCUAUUGAUUCCGUCUCCUUUGAGUAGAGAGGGAACCUCCUCCAAAAGUCCCCUUGGACACCCGUCGAGGAGCAAGCGACACAACACCAUAGGCUGAAGUACAUUUUAGAUGAAAAGAUCAUCUGCAAGGAUUAUUACAUGUUGGGAUAGAGAAGAUGCUAAGAUUAUAGGAAUUGUUACGCAUUCUUUUUAGAGCCGUUUCUUUUUUUUUUUUUUUUUUUUUUUUUUUUGUAGGGUUUGGACUCAACAGCUCUUCAGAAAGAGAUCCUUCCAACGCCUAAGAGUGCUUUGCCUAAAAGUGCUUCUACUUACUCUGAUGUCCUAAAAGAGUUGCUUGAGGUUUACCUUUCAAAGGUUUACCUCAAUAAUUCUAUUUGAACACACAAAGCACUUUAUUAUUG